AUGCAAUCAAUCAGCGAAUAUCUUGAGAGUAAACUACAGGAAUGUGGUGGGUUCGGAAGGUUCCAGUUUGUUAUGUACACGGUCGUCAUGGGUAGUAAACUUCCGGUUGCCUGGAGCAUGAUGAUGAUGUCAUACGCAGGCGUUAUACCUGAUUGGUGGUGCGAUUACACUAUAAAUAGAACUGACAGCACCGUGACGGAGAUUCCCUUGACAAACUCCUCUUUCCAGGAGUGUUCACCGCCAGCCAAUACAUCCUCGUCCUCCUGUAUUCGACAUAGGUUUACAAACAACCUGUACGAUAUCGUUAAUGAGUGGGAUCUUGUUUGUGAUCGGGAGCUGAUAACAUCAACUAUCACAACAAUUCAAAUGGCGGGACUUUUUGUUAGCGGAUUCUUUUCUGGACAUUUCGCGGAUGCUUAUGGAAGAAAACCAAUUUACUUCUUAUCUUUGUUGACCCUUGUGAUAACUAAUGCAAUAGCGGCAUAUUCCGUGUCCUGGCAGAUGUUCGCCGUGCUCCGAUUUUUCAUUGGUUUCGCCGUUGGGUGCUAUAUAGCAGUAUUCUACACCUACCUGAUUGAGUUCACACCUGCUCAAUAUAGAGCAAUAACAACGACGUUCCCUAUAUGGGCAGUAUGGUGUGGCCUGUUUGCCUUCUUUUGCAUGUGGCUGCAUAAUUGGAAAUACUUGCACCUAGCAACCGCUGUCGCCUCUUUUCCAUGGCUGUUGGCUUGGUGGUACUUUCCAGAAAGUUUUCGAUGGUUGGUAACGCAUGGGAAACAGGGUGAUGCAAUGAAAGUCGUAAACAAGAUAGCAAAGACAAACAAGAAAAGUGUUCCUGAUUUUACAAUGUUGUCAGAUAUUGUAGAAAAUGACAUGUCCAUCAGGCAUUCAAAACACGCAUAUAAUUUACGAGAUAUAUUAUGCUCCAGAAUACUGCUGUCGAGGAGUAUGUUACUGGGAGUUGGAUGGGUAACGGCGUCGUACGUGUAUUACGCCAUUUCCUUUGGUGUCCAGAACCUUUCCGGUAAUAUCUACAUCAAUAUAUUCCUCAUCAAUAUUAUCGACGUUCCUGCACAGUUAAUCACGUACUACAUGGCGAACUGUAUUGGCCGGAGACUAACAUGCCUUCUGUUUUUUGUGAUUGGAGGUGUGGCCGGUAUUGUGGUAGCAGUUGUGGAAGUUGUAGAUGUUGAAGACAAAGCUGUAGUCAUCAGUGGAUUUGCUCUGACUUGUAAAUUAAGUGUUGGAGCGGCGUGGACAUCCUUAAUUGUUUUCACGGCGGAAACAUAUCCUACAGUGGUUAGAAAUAUUGGAAACGGACUCCAGAAUUCAUUAUCGAGACUUGGAGGGAUGGUUUCCCCAUUGAUAAUUUACGUGAAUAAUCGUGUUCCAGGGAUUAUGUAUUUCUUAUGUGGAGGUCUCAUGCUCUUGUCCGCAUUCUGUACAAUGUUUGUACCAGAGACCAAAGGUGUUCCUCUUAAGGACACAAUCGAUGAAAACAACACCAAAACAUCGGAAAAGGAAAGAUUGCUAUCUUCUAAGAAUAGAAAUGAGUAUAUGACGACACUUCCGGCAGAAAGAACUCCGUCAAUUAAUGAUUGA